AUGAGCGACCCGGCCGCGUCAAACUCCACAGGCAUCUACCUGCACGCCACCAAACCCGACACCCUCCCCAUCUCGGUCGCCGAUUGCGAAGGCCCUUACCUCAUCCUCGUCUUCCUCCUCACCCUCCUCUGUGGCGUCAACUGCGCCCUCUACGCCGUCUACAUCCACCUCUUUGGCGGACGAAAUCGCGAUCCUCUCCUCCUACAGCUAGCCGUCUUCAUCUCGGUCGCGUGCAACAUCGUGCUAGCCUUCUACGGCUUCAUCCACUUCUACCAGUCCGAAUUUUUCUUCCUCUACUCGACCCCGGGAUUGGACGUCAACGCCAUCAAACCUUAUGUGCUGCUAUACCACAUAUUGCAGGCGAUACCCGAAUCGAUCGGGCAGAUCUACUUUGCGCUGCGCAUCGCGAAGCUGUUUGAUCAUCGCAGGCUCCUCACGCGUUUCGCACUGGGGGUGGUGUUGGUGGGUGUGAUCGUUCAGUUUGCGCUCAUGACCUGGUUCGGAGCGGCUUUUUUUAGGGUGGGUCUCAAGAGUCGACUCUCGCGCGCACCUUGGGUGAAAGACAUCCUUUCGGUGUGGUGCGUUCUGUUUAUUGCCAUCGAAGUGGCUAUGACGGCAACGACCAUUGCGCGCUUACUCGUGCUCAGAAGACAGACAACGAUGGAUGCGGCAAGAAGAGUCAUCUUCAAGCUCGCCGUAUACUCGUUGCAGGGGCAGGUGCUGCUCACCGCAUACUCGUUGACGAGCCUGUGGUUCUUCCGUCACAGCGCAACGGGUUGGUACAUGCCAUUCUAUUUGCUUAAUGGCGCACUGUACACCAUGGUGCUGUUGGCGAAUCUGAUCUACAGAAGUGCGGUGGGCGCGGCGAUGAAGGAAGCACAGAGCAAUUACGGGGCCAGCCACUCGGCCAAGCAGCGCGUAGCAGAGCUGAACGUUAUCAGCCUCGUGAGGAGCGGGCCGCAAGGAGACGCGCCGCAGCCAUCCGGCCUGAGGAGCCUCACGCUCAGCAGAGGGCUCACGAGUCGGGUUGGCGAGGAAAGGACCGACGAACCGUGGAAGGCCGAUUCGCCUAGAUCGUGGACCCGCUCAUACAGUUGA